AAAUGUAACACAGUCAGCAGAAAGUCUGUAUUCGGUCUUAUCUCAUGGAAAAGAAAACCAUUUUGGUGGCUGUCGUAUCUCAAGAUUCUUCGCAGUCGUUUGCAAGAUUUCGCCUUCAUAACAGAAGAAAAUUGGACUUGUCGAUAUGAUUUCCAUGGCUGAUCGAAAACCGCAAAGCAGAAGUGAGGUGUUCAAGACAGGCCAACCAGACAACAAAGAACUUCUUACCCUUGCUCAAGAAGUCGUGUCAAUUUGGAGACAGCUUGGUCUGGCGUUAGGCCUAACAGAUGUGAGUUUGGAUGAAAUCCAUGAAGACAAUCUCAAGGCGUUGGAUAAAUCAUAUACCAUGUUAAGGAAGUGGAAGGAGUCACUCGGAUCUGGGGCGAAUUAUCAAAAAUUAGCCGAGGGGCUACAUCACAAGGUUAUUAAAAGGCAUGACUUGAUAGAGAAAUACUGCCAUGACGAAGUCCCUGACAUAGCCCCAGAAGCAAUCGCCAAACUUGCAGUAGAACCUAAGGAUAAUGACGGUCCUCAAAAAGGUAAAUGUAUUCCCUUCUUACAUGUCCAAGAGAUCUAG